GUCCCUCAGUUUUUGGAUCCGGCUCUUUGCCGGGUUUGUCGCCCUCAGCCAAGCCACGAGUCAGGUUCUGCUUCAAGAGCCGAAUGCCGCUGAUCCCGCCAAUCCUUUUGGCCAUGGGGUCCGCGCCAUUGGGCUUUGCAUCGGAACUGGGGUCAGUGGCGCGUUCUUUUGCGCCCUCUCGGAGCCAGUUGGUGUACUGGUGCUACAGAUUUGGGGUGUCUACUCCAUCUACACUUGGUGGGUGGUCUCCGUGGACAACUUCACACCGCCCUGGCAACCAGACCCCUGGGAAGGCAUUUGGCAUGGCUUAACAGGCGGCAAUGAUUGUGUCAUCGCGAUCUACCUCUUGUGCUUGGGGAUGUUCCUUGGCCACGCUUGUGUGCGCUGGCCCCGGCAGCUCAGCCACUUCCUGGCCGGUGUCUCAGGAGCUGCGGCUGGUGCCCACGUGACCGUGCAAGCCAUCUACUUUGCAUGGACGGAGGACGGCCUCAACGGUGCCUUGGUCUACGGGCUCUUGGUGCAGAACCGCUUUCAGUGGUGCACCGCAAGAUCAUCCUGCCAGAUUUUCUUCUACACCUUCUGGGUUCUGGUCAUUGUCAGCCUCAUCACACAGUACUUCGUGGCCAGCUUUGUAGGGUUGGCACGGCCGCACAAGCCUUUUGAGCCCAAGAAGUUUCGGCACCCCACCGAGGGCAACCCAGUUGCUUCCAGCUUGGAAGAUGGACUUCCCAUGCCUGGAGAGGAGGAUCAGGAUGAUGAGAAGGAAGUUGAUGACUCAAACUGUCUGAGGAGGCUUUUGGGGAAGAGAGACCCGAAGAACACUUGGGCUUCGAACUUGGCAACGCCAUGCUCAGCUUGGAUUUUCCUUUUCUUCGUGGUGUUGCUGUCGUGCGGGGCAACCUAUGCUUUCACGUUCUUCGUGUAUUGGGCGGAAGGCACGACUACUAACUUCUUCAUCGGGUUGGUCUACGUUGUGGCCAAUGCAUUCUGCUUGUGGAGCAUCAUUGAGUUCUUCUUGACCACCGUGUGGUUCCACGCCAUCCGCUUGAUCCUGGGCAUGCCCAGACUUCCUCGGAAAGACUUCAGCAAAGGUUUGCCAAAGACGGGCCGCACUAUUUUGUCCUACUGUCUGCUCUCGCGACAACAGGAGUCCUCGGAAGAGACCUUUCGGACAGCUCUCGCCGCCCAUUUGGCCAACCUGGACCCGGAGUCCCGCAUCACCACGGCUGUGGUUUCAGUGUCCUCAGCGCUGUCCAUCGUGCGCUGCGAGAUGGAUUGCCGAGAUAAGUGCCGCGAGGAGAUCACAAAGAUCUUGACCUCGGAGCUUACAGCCCUGCUCCAGGUCUUCCCACAGGCCUUCGAUAAGACAGAGGAUGCCACCGCUCGGAUGCGCAGUGUGUGCAGCGCCCUGGAGUCCGUGAGCAAGGCCUCCUGCCACCGAGCUGAGUAUUGGCUGCAGUGCCUUGAAUCGGACUGGACCCACGCCCGCGGCUGCUCAGAGACCUUCACAGAAAAUCUCCACCUCAGGGUGUCGGAUGCUGCACGGCAUUUCUUGUACCUCCACAGGAAUUGCAAGAUCCUGAAGAAGCCGGGCCAGUAUCAAGACCUCAUGGUCCUUGCUUCCACUGGCAGCAAUGAGGCCUACACGUACCUACAUGAAGAUUACGGUGCCCUGGGGCGUAAGUUUCGGAGCCCAUGCUUCGGCUUUGAGGGGAACUUGGAGAAUGACGGUCAGAUUGAGGAGUUCGAUGCGGCGACAGAAGACCUCAAGCUGCGAGGCCGCGAGGACAUCAUGCUGGUGGCGGAGUAUGGAAGGGAUGCCGAAAAUCGAUACUAUUACACCAUGGUGUUGGACUCUGACACCAUCUGUCCCGCGCGAAGUAUUCGACGACUCGUGGAGACGGCGGAGCAUGGCCGGAACAAGUCAUACGGCAUCAUCAAUGCCAACCUUGCCAACGACUAUUCCGCUGACGACACCUGCACCUGGCAUAUGUGGAGGAACGCCCUUAUGGAGGUCUCCACGGUCAACCUGCAGCGUGGCCAAUUCUGGAUCUUCAACCGCGUUGGCUUCUAUGGAAAAGGCUUGAUCCGAAAUGAUCUUUACAUUCCUCGCUUGAUUGGCCGUCCUGGCAGCGUGAUCGAAGCGCUUCCCAUUGACAUCCUCAGCCACGACACGGUUGAGGCAAAACUAUUGCAGCCAGCCAUCGACGUGGAUGUCACCCUCUAUGAGGAUGUGGCCAGGAACCCGAUCUCAGCGAUGUCGCAGUCCACACGGUGGAUGCUCGGGGAGGUGCGCAAUUGCUGCUAUCAUGCCAGCGGCAUCUACACUCCCAUGGUGGAGGUGCUAUCCAUGAUUCAUUCCCUGGCCACGAAAUGGGAGAUGCCCAAGAAGAAGUUUGUACGUUGGCGCGACGUGCCUUGCGCAACCUCCGCAGAGUACCUGUCGCACACCGGAUUCCGACUCUUCCACGCAGGACCUGGCAUCCUGCUGAUCAACCUUUUCUCGACGGUCUUAGCUUCAAAUCACUGGGGGCUCCAGCUCAACAUCUUGCCCGUGCUCGGGUUCUCCGCGCUCCUCUUCACUGUCCUGGCGCUCUUCAUCAUCCCGAAGGGCUUCCUCAUCUUGGACAAGCUGCCGUCGCUCCGCUUGGGUCGGUACUGCCUCCUCUCGAGGAAAGCGUCCAAGAUUGGAGACGGCAAGUUCGGAGAAGUUGGCGAGAAGGACGUAUCUUCCCAGUUUCUGUCCAUUGGUAGUCCAGAUGCCAGUGACAGCGACUCCAGCGCUUCCAGCUUCAAGAAGGCUCGCUUUCGACUGAGUCGAUGCUCUGUUCUCGCGCGGCAAUUGGCCCUCUCUGUCAUUGAGAUUCUCUUGUCCAUUCUCCUAUACUCUCCGGAGCUCAUUCUCGGUGCGCUUCGGGUGGUUCGCGCAACUUGGGCGCAGGCUUCUGGCUCAGCCAACUGGAAGCCACAGGAUGCGGUGGAGCGCGAGGUUGAGCAGAACCUAUCAUUGUGGUACGUCUUCAAGCAGACAUGGGUCGUUUUCAUGUGCGGCGUAGCCUACAUGACCUACAUCAUCGCCUUUGAGGUGAAAGAUCGGCUGGUCUGGCUUAUUGUGGUUCCCUGGAUCCUCUAUCCGCUGUCUACCUACGCAAUGUGCCGGCGCGUGCCUCAAUCAGCAAAGACCUGCUGGCUCUGGACGUGGGCCGGGGCCCUGGAAUUGCGCAGACGGAAAAAUUGCUUGGGCUGUAGGACCCGAGACCCAAAACUCUGUUCUUAUGAAGUCUUUAUCUUCCCUGCAGUUCUUUAUUUUUCAAGGCCUUGA